GAUGCAUCGUAUUGGUGACAAAUUUAUGUUUAAUCGUUAUGUAUACAUUUGUCAUUUUAUUCAUAAAAUAUUUUGAUUCAUUGAGUUUAUAAAUCAUUUCUCACUAUUUCAUUUUUAGUUAUUAAAAUAUGGACUGGUUAAUCCAAGGAAUGUUCUCAAUCGCACACUGAGACAUUCUAGUUUUUCUGAAUCCGAUGAACCAACGAAGUGUGAAUUACAAGAGGCUUUAUUGAAUGCAGUUGGUCAACUGGAUCGUUUAAGAAAACACCGUAUAAAUCAAAAAACACGUAUUGAUAAAUUACAAGAACGAUUAGAUCAUAUGGGUACUGAACUGGAUUCCAGUGUAGAUACUAUUCGUCAUCAUCAAAGAAAUUAUGAAGCACAAAAACGUAGAACUACUAUGGAGAUUACUCAUUUACGUAAUCAAUUAGCUAAAGCAACUGCUUUAUUAGAACAGUUGAAAUUAUUCUUCAGUAAAACAAAUCUGAACACUAGUUCUUUGGACCACAAUAUGCGAGUUGUGAUUGAGAAUUUACUAAGAAAUGUACACACAAAUAAUGAACUGCAAAAUGUAGAUACUUUAAGUAUCGACGAUUUAAAACUGAGAUUAUCUAUUGCUCAAAAUGAGCUUACUCAAUUGCGAUUAGAUAUGGCACGUCAAAGAGAAGAUGAUGAUCGUGAGGCAUCAAGACUUCGGGGUCAGUUAGCUGAAGCAAAUUCAAAUGCAAGAGCUUUACGGAUGCAGUUAAAUCGCCUUAUACCACAAAGCAUUUCUUCAAGCAAACUUAAUAGUUUGGUGAAUACAAACUCAUCCGAUUCCUCAAGCUGUACAAAUUGUCAAAAACUUCAACGUCUCAACGAUGUUUUACAACGUAAACAAUCUAAAAUGAACCCGUUUCCUGAUUUAAUCGAUCAUCAAGGGAAUAUAAUAAAUCAUCAGAAUUUUGUUUGUGAGGACAGUGCCUUUAAGAAGAAAGCAAUACACAAGUCACACUUUAUGGACAGUUUCGUUCAAACAGAUUUGUUGAAUGAUAUUCCCGCAACUGAUUUUAUCCAAAAGGUUGAUGUAGCUAUUGACCCUAUUGGUGGAUACGAUAACAUCUCACCACAUCUCCCGGUUGAAAAUUGUAAAUAUGUUCAAACGGAACCAUUCAUCAUAGGCAAUGACAUAACUUCAUGCGAAACUUCUUCAUCUGGUGUAAUUUUGGUUGAUGGAAGUUUAAAACAUGGUAGUGUAAACGAACCAAGCAACCUAAGUGAGGUUCAGUUAAAUAACCUUCAUGUAUCCAAUAAAUCGGCACCAGUAUCAUUAAUGGAAAACGACAAUGAAGCCGCAAUAAAUAGUUAUCGAAAUUCGAUGCUUCAUUCAAUUGGUGAAUUAAAGCAUGAUAACUUGGUUAACCCGAGCCAAAGUGUUAAUGAAGAUUCGUUACAUUCUCAGUUGUUACAGAGAAUAAAAGUAGCUGAGGAGGAAGCGAUUAUGGCUAUGGAUCAGUUGAAGGCAAGUAAUGCAGAGUUUCUUACUUUAAAAGAACGCUUAUGUCAUGCAACUGUAGAACGUGCACAUUUAAAAGCAACCAUUGAAGGAUUGGAUGAACAGGUCGCGUUACUUGAAGACUCUUUGUAUGAGCGUACACAGGAACUUCGUAGAAGUCAAAUACUUCUUGGGAAAUAUUGUCCAACAUCUCAAAAGCCUGUGACAUCAUAUUCUGUUGGACCUGAAGUACCGACAUCGGAAAUAUUUAUUAAAAUACAUGAACCAAACAAUAAUUAUACAGGCGAAUCAGCAGUUGUUAAUUUGAGAGGUGUUCUUCAAUCUUUUGAACCUACAGAAUCAUUUCUACGUUCUGUUCCCAUCAGAUUUAAAUCGUUACAUCAAUUAAUUAACCUAAAGGAUUGGCUAUCUGUUUUAUUGAAGCAGUUGGUUGUACGUAGUCAACAACUAACACCCGGAAUGUCUAGUGGUAUAAGAUUUACUUCAUUUCGUCUGCGAAGUCAACCUAGACCUAAAGCAAUGUUUAUAUUCUUGACUUAUUUCUUUUUUGUACAUCUAAUGCUAUUACAUUGUUGGUUAUUGUAA